AUUUGUACUUUAGCCUGGGAAAGAAUGUAACGAGGAAUUUAUGCGUCAUUUCCAGUUGACAUUGCUACUUGUCAGAGAAAAAAAAAACAGCAUUUUAAGUGACUGUACCCAUAAAUACUUGUACCGCAACUAUUCAUCAUUUAUGCUUCCACCUACAUCCUGCAAUACAUCUCGGAAUGUGCACUUACUGUUGAAGAAGCAGGCAGCAGCUUGAAUGGCGAGUACUCCAUUGUCGAUAAUGCUGAAAAUUCUCACACACCGUCGUGACUCAAACUCACCACAAUCCUUCUUCUUUUUCAUACCCACAGCCUUAGCUCUCGUCACCUCUCUCUUAAUUCUCUUCUACAUUUCCUUCAUUUCCAAAUUCUUCACUCAUUCCCACCAAACCCAUCUCACAUUCACUCGUUCUUCUGAUUUUUCAUCCUUUAACUCCACCUCCCAUAAACCGGUCAACAUUUCAUUUCUUGGCUCUAUGCAAAGUUUUGGUACUGGGGGAAUUGGAAAUGUUCAGAGCCAGAGGCAUAUGGAAUUGAAUGGAAAGUAUGUUAAUGACAACGCGGUAUUCCAUGACAGAGAUACCUUUAUGAACGACUACAAAGAAAUGAAUAAGAGCUUGAAGAUAUAUGUUUAUCCUCACCAAAAGGCUGAUCCCUUUUCCAAUGUACUCUUGGCUGUUGAUUUUGAGCCAGGCGGAAACUAUGCUAGUGAAAGUUACUUCAAGAAAGUUCUUGUGACUAGCCACUUCACAACAAAGGAUCCUUCCAGUGCAGAUCUUUUCUUUCUACCUUUCUCAAUUGCACGAUUGCGGCAUGAUCCACGAGUGGGGAUUGAUGGUAUUAAAGACUUCAUAAAAAGCUACAUCUUCAAUAUUAGUCAUAAGUACCCUUACUGGAACUACUCCAACGGGGCUGACCAUUUCUAUGUUGCCUGUCAUUCCAUUGGUCGUUUUGCCAUGGAGAAAGCAAUUGAUGUUAAGAUUAACGCGAUCCAAGUUGUGUGUUCUUCAAGUUAUUUCGUAUCAGCAUAUAUUCCACAUAAAGAUGCAUCCUUGCCCCAGAUUUGGCCAAGGCUAGGAAGUGAACCAAAUCUUGCACCUUAUAAAAGGAAAAAGCUAGGAUUUUUUGCUGGAACAAUAAAUUCUCCUGUACGUGAAAAGCUUCUAGAGUGGUGGGGAAAUGAUUCUGACAUCUUUGUGCACUUUGGUCGCCUUGAAAGAUCUUAUACCGAAGAACUACUUGAUAGCAAAUUCUGCCUUCAUGUCAAAGGCUAUGAAGUGAACACCGCUCGCGUUGCUGAUGCCUUGUUCUAUGGCUGUGUACCUGUGAUCAUUGCGAACCAUUAUGAUCUUCCAUUUGCAGACAUAUUAGAUUGGAAGCAUUUUUCAGUCAUCGUUGCCACGUUAGACAUCCCUUUAUUGAAGAAAAUCCUUCAAGGCAUAACUCAGCAGGAGUACUUGAUGUUGCAUAGCAAUGUUCUGAAGGGGAGAAAACACUUCCAGUGGCAUAUGUCCCCUGUAGAUUUUGAUGCCUUUUAUAUGGUUAUGUAUGAGUUGUGGCUAAGGAGUUCUUUAAGGCUUCAAUGAACAUUUUACCAGAUCACACCUUGAAUUUUGUAUAUUAAUCCCAUUUUUCACAGGGUCACAAGGAACCCUUCUUUGACACGGUACCAGUGAUCAGGUGAAAAGUUGGAAAUACCAAUUGA